AUGCUGCCAGCAGAGACUUCGAAGCAGCUGAACAAGUUGACUCAGGAGACCUUCCAGAACUCAUAUUCUGCACUAAGCAAGUUGUUUUCUUCACGCAUCACUUUGGAUGAAGAGGGCACGCUCCCACGAGAGUUUGGGGACGAAGUCAGCCAACUUGAGAAUGAUUGGAUAUCGGAAGAAACGCAACAGUGGAAAUCAAUCCUGCCAAUUGCCAUCCUGCGAGAAAAGUCGUCUGAGAAGGCAAGAGAGGCCUUUUGCUUCAAGUUCAACACCGAGCAAAGAUGCCAAAAACCAAAUUGCAAGGUGCCUCACACGUGCUUCCAAUGCAUGACGGACUUUGAGGAUCAGACGUAUCAUGGUCGGGAGCACUGUGCCCUGAGGGAAGACAGGAAGCAGUUUCGCCAGGACUUUAAGGAAAAGGUUGACCCGCUGGACUUUGCAGGAGAUUUACGUCAAAAGAUAAAGCUCAGUGGCCGUGGCCCUCGCAACAAAACGACGACUCUGCUCUCGUAUCUGGAUGCACAGGAAGUGAGCCGCAAGCAAUUGACGCCCAGAGAGUUCAAAAUUGAUGUUUUCGAGUUCGAAGCAGCCACACGUGACACGAACUCAAGCGAUGCACCGCCAGUGGCAGGAAGCUGUACCCUUGACAACGAAUACCCUGUCGGCGGUGACCAGGCAGGUUCUCACACGCGGAGAACACCAGCCGCACAUGCAUCAAGCUCAGCCAUGCUGUCGUCGCAGCCUGAAAUGUCGGGUGGCGGUGGUGACAUGGGUGUGAAUACUGCACAGGCAAUGCCAGCCAGUUCGAGCAACGACAAAGGAAGCUCCUCCGCAGACACAUCAGGCUCAUGCACGACAUCGCCAUUCUUGGCAAAUGCUGUCAUGGACACCGAAAGCACGCUUGGUGGCGACAAGGACGCAAACAACUCCGAUUCCAAGCAGCAAAGUUCAGUCACAGACGCGCCAGCAAGUUCGGGUGCCAACAAUGGCAGCUGGAAUGCAGCAGAGAAGUCGAGCCCAGCGCCAAGAUCAAGCGUGGCGCCGCCACUGCCCGCAACCUCAGGUGGUGACAAGGUGGACCCUGAGCACAAUGAGAAGGAGCCUCCUGUGAUGUGUUUGAAGUUGCCAGACGGUUUAUCGGCAGACGUCUCAUCCUUUUUUAUUGCGUCGUUUGCUUGCGACACUGUCCAGCCGCAUCAGCCAUGCCUUAGCCCUGGCUUAUCGAAGCUGAUGCAUGAGCGGCUCCCCGAUUUUGUCGACUACUUGCAGAAGUUUGUAAGACACGUUCUGGAUCCAAUCAGAGCGAUGCCUUCAUCCGAUGCUUCGGGCGACCUGGCCACUCUCAAGCGCCAUAUUGGUUCUAUCAGACGUAAGAUGGGACAGGCAUCGACACGCAUCUUUCAGAUUUCCCGAUCCCACCAUUAUUUGCUUCUAGAGGACUUGCUUGGCAACGGGGAUUGGUGGGAUCUUCAUUCUACACUCAGGCACCCUUUCUUCUGGAAGCCUGACGAGUGUGUGGAGUUCAUUGGGAAGGUUUGCGAUUUACAGCACAACCAGAGAAGUGGACAAGGUUGGUCGGGCUGGAACACGCUUUCCACGUACCUGAACACGAAGUACAAGGAUUACAUACAGUGCUGCCAGCCCAAAGAGCGUGUGGACAUUAAGGACGGCCGCGGCUGGUGGCGCUUCUUUGGGCAGUUUGCACCGGCAUGGAAAGCCGUUUUUCCAAAAAAACACUGGCGAACUGACAAGGAAAACGAUCGAGAGGACAGCGAUUGGAAGACUUUGCUGGAGCUGGUGCGAGAUCAUCAAGUGCAUCAGCCAUUCAUUCGUGGCGAAUACGCAAAGCAAUUCGUCGAUCUGGUUCCAUUCCUAGUAUGGGCACUCUGGAGGUACGUCCAAGAGAAUAAGGCUGCCUUUCAAAGGCAUGGUGUAUUGAAUGCCCGGUAUUUCCCUGGAAGCUAG